ACCCCUCUAAAAGGCAGCGUUUUAGCGUUGAAAGGAUGUUCUCUCCAUUACAGGUGUUUGUGGCGACUCUGUCCAUGUCUCUGCUGCUUUGCAGCGUCACUUCGGCACCGAGAGGAGACCUGCUGCUCCAGCUGCUCCAAUCAGAAGCAGAUCCCAAGGAGAAUGAGCUUCAGGAUCUCUCUCGUUUGCUGCUUCUGAAGCAGCUUUCCGAGUCUGCGGCGCCUGAGGAGAAAGACGCUCUUGAAAGCAUUGAUGAUCUUGAGGUUCGCAAUGAAGUGCUUCGCCAGAUUCCCGUCUCCCAACGAGAACGCAAAGCGGGCUGCCGGAAUUUCUACUGGAAGACCUUCACCUCUUGUUAGUCGACCUGCAAGACCCUUACAAACAUUGUUGUUACACUUCUGUAGUCGAAACCAUCGAAAUCACUUGGUGUAUUAGAGGAUAUUUCUUGGUAUUCUGGUCCUGUGCAUAUAUCAUGGAUUGUAAUAACCUACGUGUUCUUCAGUUUCUUUUUCUAUUAAGAAUGCUCCUUAAAAAUCACCAGCACAUAUAGUAAUGACACCAGAAAUACCAUUCCAGUCUAAAGAGAGAUUAACUCUUUUAUGCAGCGUAUGCUAUAAAAUGUUUGUAUCAUGGAUACUAUUAGGAUUGAUGGCCAGAGAUUAUACGAUUAACGUUUAAAAUCUUGAUAUAGAGGUUUUUGUGUUGACCUUGCAACAGUGUCAUUGGAUUGCUAGUCCUCUGUAUUAAAGUGUGAUCAGGGAAAGUGUUUAUGCGUGAUUGACUCUAUGGGAUUUAAUAUAAACAGCAAGAAGACAAAAA